UAGGAGCAAGUAAGGCGAAGGCAAAGACAAUAAUUUGUUCCAUUGUAAUGAGAACUGUAAGUGUUGGCAAGGGGUAGUUUUUCACAGGCCUGCCUUCUUUCACUAACGAUUCUUUGCGCCUCCCGUUAGCUAACCCAGACAAUUUGUUCAGUAAUUGCAACGGUCAACAGCUCUUUUCUUGCCAAAAAGAAAAAAAACACACUAUUUUUUUUUAAAUGAAAGCAAAGCCCAGCUCAUCAUCAGAGCAGGAGGGGUUUUAGAGUUAACUGCAUGCAGGAAAUCUCUCACAUCCUGAGUUGCAGCGCUCCCUCUCGCUCUCUCUGUAACUGUAUAUUAAUGGGGCUGUCCUCCAGUCCCAGCUGAUGAAAGUUUUGUCUCAGUCUGGGCUAAGAUGUCAAAGCGUCUCCAGGCGGGAAAGCAACGCUGCCCUCCAUCAUCUCACUCGCCAGCCCAGCUCUUCCUUCUGCGGCUCAGUCUGACCUGCCUCUUAUUAGUAUCCUCGUCCGGGGUUCAAGGAGAAGAUGCGAAUAGUAAACUGGAAUUCUAUAGGAAACGGAUUUUGAAGAGCAGGCGACAGCAUUAUGACAUAAUAGUUCCUUAUCUUCUGGAUGGUGAACAGUGGAAACCAAUGAAGAUUUUUUAUUCACAGACUUACCCAGCAACGCUGAAAUUGCUAAUACAAACUGAAAGCCAGCAACUUGUCAUCAGCCUGGAGAGAAAUGAUGGCCUUUUUGCUGGUAACUUCACGGAAACACACUAUUUGGAAGAUGGUACCAGUGCUGUUCUCAUGCACGAUUACACGGAUCACUGCUACUACCAUGGUCACGUGCAAGGUCAUGCUGAGUCUGCAGUGAGUUUGAGUACAUGUUCUGGACUCAGGGGAUAUAUUUUAUUUGAAGAUAAAGCCUCUAUAUUGGAGCCAUUGGAAGGUGCUAUAAGUGAACACAUAAUCUACCAAGCAGAGAACCUAAAACUAGGCCUGGGUUCUUGUGGUCAUCAUCUCAACAUCUCAGGUAUCGCACAGGAAUAUGCUGCACAGUCUAAUCAGAUGUUUAUUACCAGGCACAAGAGGGAAGCCCUGAAAUCCACCAAGUAUGUGGAACUUCUUAUUGUGGCUGAUAACCGAGAGUUUCAGAGACAAGGCAAGGAAGUGGAGAAAGUGAAGCAGAGGCUGAUAGAAAUUGCAAACUACGUUGAUAAGUUCUAUAGGCCACUAAAUAUUCGAAUAGCUCUGGUUGGAGUGGAAAUCUGGAAUGACAUGGAUAAGUGCACAAUAACCCAAGACCCCUUCACUAGCCUACAUGAGUUCCUGGACUGGCGAAAGCUGAAACUACUACCUCGUAAACCACAUGACAAUGCACAGCUAGUGAGCGGAGUAUAUUUCCAAGGUACUACCAUUGGCAUGGCACCCAUAAUGAGCAUGUGUACUGCUGAGCAGUCUGGGGGUAUUGUUAUGGAUCAUUCAGACACCCCUUUGGGAGCAGCAGUAACUCUGGCUCAUGAGCUGGGCCACAAUUUUGGAAUGAACCAUGAUACACUGGAAAGGGGUUGCAACUGCAAGGCAUCUACUGACAAAGGAGGCUGCAUCAUGAACCCCUCGACUGGCUAUCCAUUUCCCAUGGUGUUUAGCAGCUGCAGCAAGAAAGACCUGGAAAACAGUUUGGAAAAAGGAGUGGGGAUGUGUCUCUUCAACCUGCCAGAAGUUAAGGAAUCAUUUGGUGGCCCAAAGUGUGGGAAUGGCUAUGUGGAAGAAGGAGAGGAAUGUGACUGUGGGGAACCUGAGGAAUGCACAAACCAUUGCUGCAAUGCUACCACCUGCACUUUAAGGCCAGAAGCAGUGUGUGCCCAUGGGCUUUGCUGUGAAGACUGCAAGCUGAAGCCAGCAGGGAUCCUCUGCAGGCACUCCAGCAAUUCCUGUGACCUUCCUGAGUUCUGCACUGGAGGCAGCCCUCAUUGCCCAGCUAAUGUGUAUUUACAUGAUGGGCACCCCUGCUACAAGGUGGAUGGCUACUGUUAUAAUGGCAUGUGCCAGACUCAUGAACAGCAAUGCAUCACGCUCUGGGGGCAGGGUGCUAAGCCUGCCCCUGGGAUAUGCUUUGAAAGAGUCAAUUCUGCAGGCGAUCCUUAUGGAAACUGUGGCAAGGAUUCCAAAAGUUCUUUUGCCAAGUGUGAAGCCAGAGAUGCUAAGUGUGGAAAAAUUCAGUGUCAAGGGGGAGCAAAUCGACCUGUAAUUGGUACCAAUGCUGUCUCCAUAGAAACAAACAUCCCAUUACAAGGAGGGGGUAAAAUUCUGUGCCGUGGAACCCACGUCUACCUGGGGGAUGAUAUGCCUGAUCCUGGUCUUGUCCUGGCUGGAACAAAGUGUGAAGAUGGAAAAAUUUGCCUCAAUCGUCGCUGCCAAAAUACCAGCAUAUUUGGUGUUCAUGAAUGUGCAACAAAAUGUCAUGGACGUGGAGUCUGCAACAAUAAGAAAAAUUGCCACUGUGAAGCCCACUGGGCACCUCCAUUUUGUGACAAGGCUGGAUUUGGUGGCAGCCUAGACAGCGGACCAGUCAGGCAGUCUGAUAACAGAAGUUUAAUAACUGGACUUCUCAUUACCACCCUAUGCCUUACAGCUGCUGGGUUACUUAUGUAUCUCAAAAGAAAAAUCUUAAUUAGAUUGUUCCUUAUAAAUAAGAAGACUACAAUAGAGAAAUUAAGGUCUGUGAAUCCAGCACGGCCUUCUAGUACAUUUGAGUCCAAUCAUGGUCAUACCACAACUCUCAAUAAAAAUCUAGUCAAAAAGCCACAAAAUUUAAACACACCUAAGAGGAAUGAUUCACAAAGAUUGCUGCGGUAUCAGAGAGGUGACAUUAGUGACCCUAUGAAGGCACAGGAUAUACCACGGUCCAACCCACCAGAACGUAUCUUGCCACCUCUUUGUGACCUAUCCUGUAAGCAGUCUGUGCCCACAAAGAUGCUACCAGACAACCCUUUCCCCAGGCAUAAAGAGGGAUCUUGCAAGCCAAAUCCUCCUCAAAAACCUUUGCCAGCUGAUCCACAGAACAAAGCCACUCGGCUGAACAGUGUUUCCAGAACAGUGCUUGGGCUUCCAAAACCUGUGCCUCUGAUUGCUCCAGUCAGGCCUGCACCUAAACAUCCACUUCCUGUGCCGAGAUCCUGCAAUGCUGCCUAUAGGAAAUGACAGAGCAUAAUUUCUAUCCUGAAAAGUGAAGACAUAAAUUUGCACUAUUUUCAAUUCUCGUUGGAGAUCAAUAUUUUUAUAUCAAUAGGUAGAAUUUUUAAUGUUCAACCCCCAUUAUUUUUAAAAACUCUGAGCUACUGCCUUUGGUGCUAUUGUUGUGUGAAGGUGGUCUGCGUCCUUGCUCAGGUACUUGUAAAUUAUUAAUUUAUAUUGAAUAUUUAUUACAGUGCAGAGCACUGUAGUAGAUAUUGUUUCACCAUAGCUGGGUUUUCCUUGGAAGGAAGCCAUUUUUGUGAUUUAUAAGCAACCUUGAACCAUCCAUUUUAGAUUUCUCAAUAGGCUGUACAGAUGCCUCAAAGUUUGUUUAGUUUGAAUCUGUUAUUUACAGUAUUCUGAUUAGGGCUGCAAUGAAAAUUUGCUGAAAUCAAGAGACUGCUGGAAUUUCAAAAGUUAAUGGCUGAUAUUUUGAUUCUGGAAUCCAAAGGCAAGAUAUGAAUUUAUGAAGAACUUUGGUGGAAUCUGAAGUAAACCUGUUCAGAUUAUUUAAAGUCUAAUAUGUGUGACUUUGAUAACAGGCGUUGUCUAGAAAGAUACAUUUCUGAGUUUAGGGACUACAGCAUAUGUAAUGCUUUGUGCAUUAAAUUCAGAUACUACAGUCUGGAAUCAGAUAACGCUUCUUCAGCAAUAUAUAGUGUACAUUUUAUCGUUGCUUGCUGAAAAUAAGUGAUAACCGGUCAAAUCUUGUGCAAUAGCAAAGUGCCUAGGAAUGGGUAUUAGGGUUUCUUCACCAGCAAAAUACUACAAUAGGCAACCAUACUUAAGUCCAGCAUAUAUGAUGUUUCAGGAAAGCACAGUUCCUCCAACAUGGUACAGUGGUGACUAAUAGGUCAUUUGUUCUGCACUACCAGAAGUCUAGAAGAGGUGGAGCUAUUAGAAACAUCAUAAAGGAAUGUCAGAGCCAUAGAAGCCAUUUAUCAAUCUCAACAAGGGCUCAAAAAUGGGACCAAGGUGGCCCUAUUUUCCUUGCAGCGAUAGUGGAGUAACCGUGACAGUAGAAGCCCAAGGUGCUACAAGUCCAUAUUUUCCUUGACUGCUUCAUAAAGCAGUAACUACUGCAUUUGCUUCUAUGUGAUUUGUCAGCCUACAUUUAAGCAGUGGUUACACUGGAACUAUAUAACCUGUUGUGAAAUGUGGGGAUAAGCAACAACUGCUUUGAGGGAAAUACCGCAAAAUGUAAUGCAUGUAAAAGCCUUCAGGUGCCUCUAUGUACCAUCUACCUCUAUCAUCAAUUACUAGAAUGAUGAUUAUAACAGGAAAGUAUUGAAUGAGUUUUGAGGCUUGAAUGUUGUUGUUAGGUCGCACAGUCGAGUCUGACACUUUGCAACCCCGUGGACCAAGUCACGACAGGCCCUCCUGUCUUCCACCAUCCUCCAAAGUCCACUCAAGUUCAUAUUAGUUACAUCAGUAAUGCUGUCCAGCCACCUCAUCUUUUGCCGUCCCUCUUCUUUUGCCUUCUGUCUUUCCCAGCAUCCAGUGAGUGCUGCCUUCUCAUUUGGUGAAUAAAGUAUUUGAGCUUCAGCUUCAGUAUCUGAGGCUUCAAUGCUAAACCCUAAAUACUCAUUUUAACUGGAAACCCAGUCUUGACUACCUUGUUUCUUAUGUAUGCCAUUGGAGACCACUGCAAAUUCCACAGUCAGUGUAAUAGGAUUCAUUUCAGUUCUAGCAUUUUUUUUCUUAUGAAUAAGUCCUCGGUUUUAAAGUCUGGUGAUCUCAUUGGUUUUUUGUAAACAAAGGUUCAAAUAGAGUACACUCAAACAAGCCAUCUUUUCCCCAUAUGGUAAAACCCACCAAUUUCUGUGUUACCAGAUUUCAGUAUACUGUAACCAUUAAAAAAAAAUCCUGGCUGUUCAAUACUAGUUGGAAGAUUGAACUUCAAGAAAAUGCAUACAUUUUCAACAUAUUUAUUUUAACCUCAUUUUUUUAGACAUAGUACAUAAUUUUUGUGUUAAUGCAGAAUGUCAGGGUUUUUUGUGUUUGGGUAAGCUACCUUCAAUCAGGGCAUCAGAAGGUACUAGUCCAGGGGUGGCCAGACUGUGACUUAGGAGCCACAUGUGGCUCCUUCACACAUAUAGUGUGGCUCUUGAAGCCCCCACUGACCUGUUGGCCAGCUUGGAGUAGGCAUUUAUCUCUUUCAAUCAUUUCUCCAAAUCAAGUUUGCCAGCAGCUUGGAGAAUGCAUGUAAAGUUAAAGUUGCUUUCUUUCUACCUCUCUCUCCCCAUCUAUUUCCUUCCUUUCCUUCCUCUGUCUUGCAGCUCUCGAACAUCUGACAUUUAUUCUAUUUGGCUCUUAUGUUGAGCAAGUUUGGCCACCCCUCUGCUAGUCUUUCCUGUACUGUGAUGAAGAUAUGGCCAUACUGAUUAUGAGGUUAUUUCCAUAGAUCAACCAACACAGAUGUCAUUCAACAGCCAGUUUUCUCAGGCAUAAAAUAAGUAAACUGAGGUAAAGGUGUUUGCCUAAGCUUGAAGAGAUGACACUUCUUAUAAAGAAAUGAUAGAUAAUCCCAGCCGUACUCCUAUUAGUCGAUCCCUAUCAUGACACGUCUGCUGAUUUUAUGUUAUCAGAACAGCCCCUUUGUUGGGCCAGUUUCAUGCAAAGCAAUCUGAAGUGCUGAAAAACCAAUCUUAUAUUUACUAAAGCUAUCAGUCUUCAGAAGAGACAGAAUGUUUCACUUCUCAGUUUAUUUUUAAAGCUGUAUUUUACAAGUAAUAAUAGUAGCAAUGUCUUCCAUGGAACAAGUGUGCUGUUGUUCUACAUCUUCUUUCCUCCUAUGGAUUUUUCAAUAUUUAUUUCUGAGCACAUCCAGAAUUUAAAGAAAUAAAAGAAAAAUGCCC